UCGACUGCUGUUUCACGGUACAAUCCAAUCGAUCGGUCCGAACUGCAGACGAAUCUGAUGUCGUCUGAGUUUGGCGACUGGAUUUAAUUAUAUUUUACACUCUUGUUACAUUCUUUAAUAUACAAUGACGACUAAUAAACUAGCCCAAGGUUUGCGAAUGUAUUACCUCAAACAACCAAACCGAUUCGAAUUUGGAAUUGGAACAGAAAUGCCUGCAGCGUACAAGAAGUUUUAUACUGAAUGGAAAUAUACACAACCAACCCCUGUACAUUACAUUGAAAAGGAAGGAAAAUAUGCAAGAAAUGAGGCCACGGGAGAAGUAUAUCCAGUACAAAAUGUUCCACUUCCGUUAAAGUAUCCCAAAGAGGCUCACCAAGGUUUAUGGGGUGGUGAAUCUGUAGUACAAGGUUUUCAAAAACGACAUCAACUUAAACAGAAAAUUCCACAUUUCUGGGUUCCUACAUUGAAAAGAUCCAUUGUUUACAGCGAAGUUCUUGACAAGUAUAUACGUGUCACCCUCACCGACAGAACUUUGGAUUUAAUUCACAAGAACUAUGGAUUUGACCACUACCUGUUGAAGACACCAGCUUACGAUUUGAAAUCUGAGCUGGCUCUGAAACUUAAAAGGAAAAUUCUUGAAACAUUGGCAGAUAAAUCUCUUUAUCCCGAUGAUCCUGCCAAGAAAGACGAAGUUUACUCCAAAUAUCAGCAAUAUUUAUCUGCUUACACAAAAGAAGAAAUCGAAUGGUAUGGUUUAAACUGGCGUGAGGCUUGCGUGAAGAUGUUCGCAAUAAAAGCUGCCCAAACAGUGGUUGCUCCACUGAAACAUCAGUAUCGAGCGGAACUUAUUGUUGAGUUACAAAAUGAAAGUGAAGUGCCUGCUGAACCAGAAGAAUCUAGUAUUUCAUGGCUUUCGAGGCUUAAUCCACUAUCCAAGAGUACGAAGACUUCGUAAAAAGAAGAUAAUGUAGUAUUGAUUCUGUCAUGUAUAUGUAUAUUUUAAAAAGCAUACCAGUAAAUUGGCGAAAUGAAUUUAAA